GUUUGACCCUCGACGACUUCCACAAGCCAGGGUACACACACGCAGUCUCCAACUUGCCAUGAAGUUCACGCUAGUCCUUGCCACGAUUGCCACCGUCAGCGCAUACCAAAACUUCAAAUCGUUUCGCCAAUCAUUUCGUCGUCAACAUGCAGACCAAGGCGCCAUGUACUUGGACAACAAUGCCGAGAAUGCCGUGCCAACCAACCUGAAGUGGGUGUUGUUCUCCGAAGCGGACGGGGUGUUGGCCCAAGGCAACGAUGACGACACUGUCACGGCAAUGCUACACGCGGCCCAGCUGCACCAAGCUAUCCCUUCACACCACCCCCUAAGCAUGUUGGAAGAUGCAUCGAUAGACAAUGAACACGAUACUGAGGCUAUGCUCCUAGCUCUUCGAGAUGCGCUCAACGACAUUAUCGGCGAAUAAAGGAUUGCAUGUUGAAAACUAAAUACUAAAGUUUCAAUUGUGGUCGACAAAUCAUACUAAUUAUCGACAAAG